AUGGAACAUUUAUGUGUUCGACUUGAAGAUUUACCAGAUGAAAUUCUUCUAAUUAUUUUUCAAAAAUUAAACAAUUGUGAUGUACUUUAUUCUUUUAUGGGUCUUAAUCAAAGACUUGAUACAAUUCUCUACGAUAGAAUUUUUACAAGAAAUUUAUCAUUAAUAAAAUAUAUUCAUAAAUCAUCAUAUCAAUUUAAUAUAAUAAUUGAUCGAUUUUGUCUUGAAAUUUUACCUAAAAUCAAUGACAAAAUCGAACGACUUUGUAUUGAAUCAUCAUUUAUUAAACGUAUUCUUUUGGCAACAAAUUAUCCUAAUUUACAUGCACUUGAUUUAUAUGAAUGUGAACCUGAAACAGCUGAUACACUCUUUUAUGAUGGGAGUUAUUUGGUUAAUCAAUUUCAAAAUCAAAUAUCAUCAAUUUUUAUCAAGUUGAAACCGCAUAAACAGCAAAUAGAUAAAUUAAGAUAUACAACACAGGAUAAUAAUAUAUUUAUAUUUAUUAGAAUAUGUAUUCUAUUCAACAAUCUACGAUACUUGAAUUUUAGUUCAUAUUCUAAUUAUGAACAAUUGAUAUUUUUGAGUACAGCUCCAACUCAAUUCUCUUCAAAUUUAUUAGAAUUACAUGUUGUAGUAAGAAAUAUCCUUGAUUGUCUUUGUAUUCUUGAUGGUCAGUUCAAUCAAUUACAUACAUUUUAUGUUACCAUCCAGUCUUAUAAUACAUAUGAUGGAAAUAUAGUUGGCAACUAUAAGGAACUACCUAAAUUAAAAUACUUUUCGCUAAUUUAUGAAGAUGGAACAUACAUGUAUGAUGAUAUAUUGGUACCAUUAUUACAAAGGAUGAUAAAUUUAGAAGAACUUAAUUUAUAUUUUAUUAAUAUGUAUGGACCAAUUAUUGAUGGUUAUAAUUUGGAAAAUAAUAUUAUUAAUCAUAUGACACGAUUAAACAAAUUCACAUUUAAUAUUUGUUCAGUUAUUCAUCUUAAUCAAUUGAUUAAUAAUGUACCAAUGAAUGAAGAUAUUAAAUAUUCAUUUCGAAAUUUUAAAAAUAAUAAAAUUAUUUCAAAUAUUGAUUAUUUUGAACGAAUAAAACUAUUCUAUUAUCAUGUAUAUUCAUAUCCAUAUAUAUGGAAAUUUUAUCAUAAUAUAACAAAUAAUUUUCAUGAUGGAUUAUAUAAAUCUGUUCGUGAAAUAUCAUUAUAUGAUGAUCGCCCUUUUGAACAUGAAUUUUUUCUUCGAAUUACUCAAUCAUUUCCAUUUGUUAAAAAAUUGACUAUACAUAAUUAUGAAUCACAACAUAAUAAUCAUCUUCGACAAUCAAUAAUUAAAUAUUUUCAUCUUAUUGAAAUUGAUCUUGUUAAAACUCAUGAAGAUUAUCUUGAUGAAUUUUUAAACAAGACAAAAAUUUGUUUAUCAAAUAAUAUUCAUCUUCGUGUAGGUUUUAAUUCAUUACAAAAAGUAACCAACGAUUUUACAAGAGAUGAAACACGUUUUAAUUCUUCGAAAAUUAUUCAUCUUACAGUAUUCGGGAAAAGAGUUAAUGAACAUUUUAAAUUACAAAAAUUACAAGAAUAUUUUUCUCAUGCAAAAAUCUAUUGA